AUGACAUAUACUUGCCAGACCUGUGCGAAGCGCAAGGUAAAGUGUGACAAGGCAGUUCCAACGUGUUCCAGCUGUCGCAAGACCAAGCUCGAUUGCGUGUAUCAAGCGCCCCAGCCGCGAUGGCGGAAGAGAAAGUUUAGCGGCGACAUCCUCGAAAGACUCGCUCGGUACGAGCGCAUUCUCCACGAACACGGCUUGUUGGAUGCUGACACGUCGCCUUCUGCGGGAGAGACAUCCCAAGAACCAAUAUCGAUGUAUUGGAACGAGCCUGAACCGUCGGGAAAGGGCAAGCUUCUUGCAGGUCAGGGCAAGUCCAGAUACAUCGACAGCAAUCUCUGGCGUACCCUCGACGAUGGUGAGAUGCAGCGCGUGUCCGAUGAUGAAGAAGACCAAUUGGACACCGGGGAUAUCGCUUCGGAUCCUUUGACGGGCGCAUUCAUGGGAUAUCAGCAGAGCAUACUCCAAUAUCACCCAACCCACGCGAAAGCCAUGGUGCUUUGGGAGACGCACGUCGAAGCUGUGGAACCCAUCUGCAAAAUCUUGCACAUUCCAUCAACCGCCAAGAUGGUCGAGACGGCUUCGCAACAGCCUGAAAUGGCAUCCAGGACCUACGAGUGCCUACUAUUUGCCAUAUACCACUUUGCCGUCUUCUCCAUGACGGAGGAGGAAUGCAGCGAGAAAUUGGGCCACUCCCGAGCUACACUCUUGCAGCGAUACCACUUUGCGACGCGGCAAGCCCUCGUCAAUGCAUCGUUUCUCAAGACCACCGAGAUAUCAGUGCUGCAAGCCCUCGUGCUGUUCCUCAUGCCGUGCCGGUAUUCUUACGACUCACACACGUACUGGAUCCUGACGGGGGUUGCCGUCCGAAUAGCGCAGCGUUUAGGGCUUCAUCGGGAUGGAGAGAAGCUCGGCCUGCCACCGUUUGACGUGCAGAUGAGACGACGGCUAUUCUACCAACUUCUGCCACUGGAUGGCAAUGCGAGCCAACUGUCGGGCAGCGGCAUAUCGAUCAUACCAGAAGCCUGGGACACCAAGCAACCGCUCAACAUCAAUGACGACCAGAUUUGGCCAGGCAUGACGGAGACGCCGGAAGAAAAGAAGGGUGCCACGGACAUGAUCUUCUGUCUGUCGCGCUCGUGCAUCGGGAGAUUCUUCGCCAGGGCCGGAAAACCACCCAGCGGCGCAGGCUCGUCGCAGUUCAAAGACUACCUCGAAGCCGAGCGGGCCAUCAACGAGGCCGAAAGCGAGGUCGAGGAGAAGUACAUUCGCUACUGCGACAUUGUCAAUCCGCUGCAUUUCCUGAGUGUCGGCCUCGCCAGGUCGGGCAUCACAGCCAUGCGCCUCCGGAUCCGGCUCCUCAAAGUCCGCAACCAGACGGCCACCGACGCGGAGAGGCGAGAAUUAUUGCAGCUCGCGCAGAAGAUCUUAGAUACCGAUGCAGCAGCGUGCGCUCACGCAGGCCUGAAGAAAUACCAGUGGCAUGUGAAGCCGUUCUUCCUGUGGGGGACGUGGGACUCGAUGAUCUUCGUCCUGACGACGCUGUGGACUAGGAGCGACCUGCUCUCGCCCGCGGAAACUGACGCCGCGUGGAACAGGGUGCAGCAGCUCUACCAGGACCACUACGAGCUGCUCCAGUCGAAGCGAGCGCUGUAUGUCGCGUUUGGACGUCUCACUCUGAAGGCCUGGAAUGCGCACCCGCGAAGCGGCGGCGUGCCAGAGCCGGCCUUCAUCACCACUUUGGAGUCUCUGCGGAAGGGAAAGAAGCAGGUCGACAGCGCAAAUACCAGCACUCUUGACACGAUGACGGAUUUGUUGUCGAUUUUCCCCUCGCCUUCCAGCGACGCAAAUGCAUCAUCGAGCAGCCUCCCUGACGGCAUGGGCCUCGACACGGGCGACGAGUUCAGCCUCGAUGCCGCAGACUGGAUGUUCUGGGAUCAAUUAAUCCAGGACAAUCAGACGCAGGUUUAG